AUGAGUUCGUCUAUAUCAGACCGGGAGGCUGUUAAAGUCGACUCUGGCAAGCAAGAAAUAUAUGAAGUGAGCAGCUCGCUAGACAUCGAUGAGUUGAGGUCUGAUUUUGAUCCGGAGCAAAAUAUUCGUGAAGAUUUGACCAGAGCAUUAAGUCCCAGGCACAUUAACAUGAUAUCUAUUGCAGGCAUUAUCGGGACAGGUCUAUAUUUAUCUACUGCGAAGUCCUUGCAUAAUGGUGGUCCAGCUUCGUUGUUUAUGAAUUAUACAAUUAUAGGUGGUGUAGUAUAUUUGACUAUGUUAUGUCUGGGGGAAAUGUCGACAUUCAUGCCUAUCAGCGGUUCGUUUUGUUCAUAUGCACGCAAAUUUGGCUCAGAAUCCUUCGCAUGUGCAUUGAUGUGGAAUUAUUGGUUUAAUGACGCUGUCUCUGUGGCAAGUGACUUAACUGCAUUACAGCUGGUCUUGGAUUACUGGCAUACCGCUGAUCACCAUUUCCCAUACUGGGGUGCUUCCCUUAUAUUCUGGUUUUUUGUCUUAUUCUUAAACGUUAUCCAUGUUAGAAUUUAUGGGGAAGCAGAAUAUUGGUUAGCUAUGUUAAAAGUUAUUGCCAUUGUUAUCUUUUUCAUUAUGUCUAUUAUUGUGAACGUUGGUAAGAAUCCCCAACAUGAGUACAUUGGUUUCAAGAAUUGGACACAUGGCGAGGCUCCUUUUGUUAAUGGUUUCAAGGGUUUUGCAUCAUUAUUUGUUAGCGCCUGUUUUGCUUAUGGUGGUACUGAAUCAAUCACUUUAACUGGUGGUGAAGCUAGUAAUCCUGUUAGAAAUACGCCAAAGAUUGUAAAAACUGUCUUCUGGAGAAUAUUGAUAUUCUACGUUUUAUCCACAUUUUUCAUUGGUAUGAAUAUUCCAUAUGACUACCCAGGUUUAUCUACUAAAUCUGUCAUGACUUCUCCUUUUACUCUUGUGUUCCAAAUGGCAGGUACUCGUGGGGCUGGUUCCUUUAUGAACGCUGUCAUUUUAACAAGUGUUAUUAGCGCAUGUAAUCAUGCACUAUUUGCAGGUAGUAGAAUUAUGUACAACAUGGCUUUGGAUGGGUACUUGCCAAAGAAAAUUGUUGGACGUACUAAUAGAUAUAAGGCGCCAUAUGUUGCUGUGUUGAUCACUUGGGCUGUCGGUGGUUUGUGCCUGGGUGCCAGUUUUAUAGGUGCGGGUACUCUAUGGACCUGGUUACAAAACAUUGUUGGUGUUUCAAACCAAAUUGCAUGGUUAUGUAUUGGUAUUACAUCAAUCAGAUUCAGAAAAGGUCUUGAAGUUCAAGGAAAAACCGACUUACUGCAGUUCAAGAACUGGACAUAUCCCUUUGGUCCUUAUUUCCUUGUAAUUUUCACUGUUUUCAUCAUCCUUAUUCAAGGUUGGCAAGCAUUUGAUCCAUGGAGCGUUACAGAUUUUUUCUCUGUUUAUUUGGAGCUCUUCGUUUUUCCAUUUGUCUAUAUUAUAUGGUGGUUAUGGAAGAGAGAUUGGUUUGUUAAGUAUGAAGAUAUGGACUUUGUGACUGAUAGAUAUAUCCCAACCAAGGAAAUUGUGGAACUUAACGAAAGACUAGACAACCUAAAAGGUUGGAAGAAGGUGAGACAAAUCUUUAGUGACUACAUCGCCUAA